GUCCUAUCACAAAGUAAUGAGUGUGAUAGGGACAAGACAGCGUUACAUAGUUCAAUGUUUUUGUUGUGAGUAUGUAGUGUGCGCCUAUUAUCUGUCAUGUCAGCUGAGUGAUUAUUGAGUUGAGCAAUGGUGGUGUUUUUACAUUUUCGAGAGUUUAAAUUAUAAACAGCCCUUCUAUUUCGUAUAGUUUCGUUAUAUGUGUUUGUUUAUUAUUUAACGUGAUGCAUGUUAAAACUUGUUAAUGGAUUUGUUUGAGAACUUAGCAAUGCUCUAAGGAGUAUUUGCGAGAUUUCUAGACUGCUGUCCAUGGAUAUGCAGGCAGAUGCAAGUGAUAGUUACAUUAAGGCAUAUUAUAUUUAAGCUGUGAGAAUUAAUACACUGCCAAAAUGCUGUAUGUGUUUCACGUGGAUGCUGGUCAAAUGACCACAUAUGAUAUGAGUCUCACUCUACAGAAUGAUGAUUUUGUUUUUAGUGUGUCCUCACUAAAACUAGCAAUAGAGAGGAAGUCUAAAGUGCCAGCAAACUCCUUGGUGCUCCUCGUGAGCGGGGGUGAAGUUCUGCAGUCUGAUCAUAUGGUUUCCUCAUACAGUGCUGGUACCGACACAAACCCUAUAUACAUGUUCAGCAAACCUUCUGUGAAGGACAGCCAUUUGAAACAGUCCAUGUGUGAUCUAAGUCCGAUAGUGGAGUUGAGCACCGGUGAGUUUUCAAGUGAGUUCCGAAGUGCUUUCGAUGGGAAGUCGGUGGCUGAGCUGAAGGCUGCGGUGGAGAAGUGUUGUUCUCUGCAGCCUAACGUUUACACUGUGACGUCAUGCGCGUCACUCGCCCAGCAGUUCAGUGACCUCGCAUUCGAAGUGUCCAGCAGUUGUGAUCAGCUGGUGCAUGAGCAGCAUUUGCAACACCAAGGCUGGGCAGCGGUGGUCGCUAACUUGGAGGACAUAUUCAACGAAUUCUGUGAGAGAUCGCGGAAUUUUAAAGAAUCCUUUAGGAAACAUCGACUAAAAAAGGAAGAGUAUCAUGAAAAGUUGUCUGGGCUCAACGAAGUUUUAGAAUCUUUAGGCAAGAUACCAAUAUUGCCGCCGUUGCAGCUGAAUGCUGAGGCCCACAGGUUCUCGGCUUUUGACGUUUUUGAGGACACGGACUUCGAAGGCCCACACUACAGGAUCACGCAUCCGCUAGACAACAGCUCAGAAAACAAACCCUGCCAGGAUUUUGGCGUCGAGGCAUUCAAACUGUCCGACGAAGAUGUUUUUGAGCACAAAGAUGCGUCUUCAGGUAACGAAGGUGCCACAUCUUCGGAGCCCAUCCCUCAUAUCGAAGAGUCUGAUGAGGGGGUCACUUUUAAGGCACAGUCUUACGAGAGCAAGGAGGAACCGUCCCUACUACACUGGAUAUUGGCUCAAGGGAACAAAGCGUCGCUUCAAGAUAUUUUGGACUAUUGCCAAAAGGGAUUAGCAUUAUUAGACGCAGAUCCUCUCAAAGAGCGUGAGGCAGAGCUGUACCACAUCCUAGAGUACGCUAACAUGCAUGGCUUGAAGCAUAUAAAGGGUAUUGAGGAGCGGCUGUACGGGCUUGAUCAGUUACUGAACGAUGUGAAGAAAUUAGAGAGAGAUCAACGCGACCAGGCAGCAUCGUUAAUUCAGUGUCGUGAACGUCUGAACACGACAUGCGACCCGUCCGUCCUGCCCACGCUGGUGCAGUCGCACUGGUGUCAGCUCAAAAAGUUGUUGAAAGGUCAUCAGAUGCUCAUCGACAUAAGGAGACGUAUCGCCAAGUCUAAGGAUGAACUCUCACAUAUAUUGAAGGCGAGAUUAGAAGCGGUCCUGAUGAUCGAGAACUCGAUGUCGGUGCAGGACGCGCACGCCAUGCUGUCGUUCCAGUGCUUCAACCGCCUGUCGCGCUACUUCAGCAUCGUGUCGCAGCUGCACCGCGCGCCCGGCGUGUUCGUCAGCGCGGUCCACGAGGUCGCCAGGAGGAGGAGCUUCUCACAGGCACAUCUUAAGUGGGCGACAGAUCUCGCGGAAAAGCUACUAAAAAUCCACGACGAGGAGGUCCACAGAAGACAAGAGUUCAACAACGUGUUCGAGGGCCACUUCCUCCGCAGCCUGUUCCCGGGCAUGACGGAGCUCCCUCCCACCUUCGCUACACAGGCGCCCCCUACAUUCGACGCCAACCUCCCGAAACUAACCGAGGCUGAUGUCGAGUACAUAGCGAACGCUUUCCCUGAUUUGGCGAAAGACGUACCGAGUUAUGAUAUGGAUGCCACUGUACAGUUUUUCCAGCAAAGAAUACGAGCAUCAGAACACGAAUGUAAAGAUGCAGAUAUUCAAGUUGAUAUGGAUAAAGACUUCGAGUCAGUAACCGGCGGUGACUUCGAAAAGCUCGGCGGACAGAGUUCCACACAAAAACAGAAAGUCGACAUCUCAAUAAUAUGUGUUCCUGAAACGAUGGCAGUGUCGACGGUAACCGAGGACAAUAUGGACACACACAAAAUAAAUAUAGAAAAACUUCAAGAGUUUUUAGUGAAAGUUUACGGUUUAUGUAAAGUGAAUAUUGUUUUCAUAAUAGAAGAGUUGGCGAAUUUAAAGAAUGAAGUAAAUGAACAGAAGAAAUUUAUAACGAGUAAAUAUUUAGAGAUAUUAGAAGCUUGGGAGAAGAGCAAUGCUGAAUGUGCAAUAAGGUUUCGUGAGGAGACACAGAGGCUGACAGUAGACCAUGAACUAGAACUUAGUGAUAUGAAGGCAGCGUUAAACGAGAAAGACGAAGUGAUAUCAAACCUUAAAACUGAAAUGGAGAACUUGAAAACCGAACAUCAGAAAAAAAUUGAACAGUUAGAAAAGGAACAUCAGGAUACAAAAGACUUGCUUGAAAAGACUCGCGAGGAAAUCAAAGGGUUUGAGAGUAAGCUUGAAGAUAUUGAGGCGCAGAAGCAGAAAGAGAUCAGAGACUUGCAAGAGAAGAUGCAUAUGGAUUACAAGGCUGAAAUCGAGUCUUUACGAUCCAGGUUCCGCCUCGUAGCACUUACAAAUAUGGACCGUUCGCCGUCCGAGUCUAGCCUUGAGAAGAUCGAACGCACUGACGUCAUCGAGAUAUCCAGUCAUAAUGCUAUAGUUAUGCAGACGAAGGAGAAUGCUGAAGUCGAGAAGGAGGAGGCCGUGAGGGAGGCGCUGGCGAAGGCCGAAGCUGAGUGGAAGGCCAAGCUUGAGGCCGAGGUCGCCGCCGCCAGCGCUAAGCAAGAAUCUGAUAAACAGUUAACAACAUCGAUGUCUAUGAACGACGUGACUCGCCGCCUGCUGUCGGAGAAGGAGCGUCAGAUCGACGCGCUGCGGGAGCGCGAGCUGGCGCUACUGCGGGAGUGCGGCAAGUACCGCGACACUAUACAACAGCUGACCGACCCCGACACCAACGACUACGAUCAGCUGCUUAAGACUCAGUUGGCCACUCUUGAAAAUGAGAAUGAAGUUCUGAAACAGCAAGUCAAGGACUUGAAGAAAGAUUUAGAGAAGAAAACCGAGGAAGAGAAAAGCGAUAGUGAUGGCAGGUCGUCACCAAAGAAGGAGGAGGGUCGUCGCUCUCGCGGUCGCUGCCACACGCCGUGCGGGCUGUCCGCGGGCACGCUGUCGCUGUCGUCGUGUCUGCCCGGACACACCGUCAUGCUGCUGUGGGACCCCGCGCAUCUUAACUACACUGUGUUGCAGGAAGCAUCGAUAAUGUAUUUCGUGCACAGCGACUGUCUGGCGGCUUUAGAUCUCAGCAUACAAGUUAAGAACGAAAGUGAGAGAAAACUGUACGCAGUCGCCACAGUCGAGUCCAAGGAGUAUUGCUAUGCCAAGAAGAGCGGCAACCGCUACGGCAUGCCCCGCGGGUCCCGCUUCUACCGCGUGCGAGUGCGGCCCCCGCGCGCGCCCGCGCCCGCGCCGCCGCCCUGCUGCGACACCAGGCAUCGACCUGAUGCUCUGAAGAGCGGCAUGCUGCCGGUGUUCGGACCGACUCGACCGCUCAAGAAAUGGUUGACCUACAUGCAUGCUCCAGACUCGCAGAAGUCUGUGGACACGAGCCAGUCCACCAGCUCCACGACGGAGGAGAGCGCGCGCGCGGGGGAGGUGGCCACCGCCACGCUCAUCAACCUGGAGUCCCCCGGCAGCGCGCCCCCCCCGCAGGACGAGGACCAGCUCGACAGCAUCGAGGCCGGGGACCAGUGGCAGAACUCCCGCAUGCAACUCUCCACCAUCAGUGCCGUCACGGACAUGGAGUGCAGCGUGGGUCGCUGCGCGGGCGCGGAGCCGCUGGAGCUGGCGGGGAGCGCGGCGGCCGGGCCGGCGCGCGGCGACCCCGCCGGCCCCGAGCUGGCCGAGGAGGCCGCGCCCUGACCGCGGGGGCGCGCCCCGGCGG